UAUCGUCUAUCGAUUUCUCUUCUCUUCUGUUCUUGAUCUGUUUGAAGAUCUAUCCGUUGCUGUAAACUGAGAUUCCGAGGUAUACAAACGAGUUGGAAAGCACUUCGUUGUCUGUAUCUAACGCAGAGCAUUGAAAUCCACGCCGCCGCGGUCAGUUUGAAGGAGGUACGGGAUCUUAUUCUGAUAAUGUUCGUGAUUGUUGUUGAGUUUACCAAAAAAAGUAUGCAAAGUUUGAAAUAGGAGAUGGUGGAUUGGGAUUUCAAUUUCAAUUUGAAUUUGAAUUUGAAUCAAUUAGAGUAGAGAGGAAAUGGCGAGGAAUAGAGAUGAUUUUGAUAAGUUUCAAAUGACAUCAAUGAGAGAUUCAUCAAUUGGAUUAUUGAAGCUUCUAUUGAUUUUAAUCUUCUUCGUUACUGGUGUGGUAAUAGGGUUAACAUCAAAUUCACAUAUUACUUGGUAUUUUAGCUUACAAGCAGAGCAGAGGUAUAACAGUUAUGCAUUAGCCCCUUCUUCUUCUUCUUCUUCUAACAACAGUUACAAUACUAUUGAGAAAUUAGAUUGUUCAAGUAUAAUAGAUGAUUAUGUUCAUCCAAAGACAGUAACUCAUAGUAUGUCAGAUGAUGAGUUAUUUUGGAGAGCUUCAAUGGUGCCAAAAAAGGAAGAAUAUCCAUUUACAAGAGUACCUACUGUGGCUUUUAUGUUCUUGACAAAAGGUUCAUUACCAUUUAUUCCUUUAUGGGAAAGGUUCUUUAAUGGUCAUGAGAAGCUCUAUUCGAUUUAUGUUCAUUCCCCACCUGGUUUUGAUCUCAAUGUAUCAACCACAUCUCCCUUUUACAAUCGACAGAUCCCUAGCCAGAUCGUGGAAUGGGGAUCCGUGACACUCGUAGAUGGCGAAAGGCGACUUUUAGCAAACGCCCUUCUCGAUUUCUCAAACGAACGUUUCGUUCUUCUUUCUGAAAGCUGCAUCCCAAUUUACAACUUCUCAACCGUCUACAAUUACUUAACCGGAUCUCUCCACAGUUUUGUCGAGUCUUACGACGAUCCCUCCAGAUAUGGAAGAGGCCGAUACAGCCGUUCCAUGCGACCCACAAUCAAGCUUUCUGAUUGGAGAAAAGGGUCGCAAUGGUUUGAAAUCCAUCGGUCUAUAGCUGUCGCGAUUGUAUCGGAUACUAAGUACUACGAUAUAUUCAGGAAAUAUUGCAAACCGUCGUGUUAUCCAGACGAGCAUUAUAUUCCGACUUUGUUGAAUAUGUUAUAUGGUUCGUUAAAUUCUAACCGGACUGUGACUUAUGUUGAUUGGUCGAUAGGUGGUCCUCAUCCGGCUAUGUUCGAGAAAAGUAAUGUAACUUUAGGGUUUAUGCGAAAUAUUAGGAAUAAUGGGACGGUUUGCGGGUAUAACUCGGAUGAGAGUAAUGUUUGUUAUUUAUUUGCGAGGAAAUUCUCACCCGAUGCUUUGGAUUCAUUGUUAGGCAUGGCUUCCACAGUUAUGAAUUUUUGAAAUAUAUAUAUAUAUAUAUAUAUUUUCUAUUUAUAUGGGGUU